CGGCCGGGGACGCGCCGCUCGUGCCCGCGGAACUGCGGAUCUGGGUUCGGAGCGGGCUCGGGGCUGUUUCCUUUCAGAGAGCUGGAAGGCUCUCGGUGCCUAGCGUUCCUGCAAAAAUUACCUCCACGGAAAGGAACAUUUUGGAGAUUUCCUUGGACACCUGUGACACUGACAGAGCCAGCGUCCUGGACCUUUUCAGGUUUGCUGGCAAGUUGAUUUCGAGGCGUCAUGUCCGCGUCAAUGAAAGAAUGCCUUCAGCUUCAGCUGCUGGAAAUGGAAAUGCUGUUUUCUAUGUUUCCUAAUCACGGGGAAGUGAAACUUGAAGAUGUAAAUGCCCUGACGAUCAUAAAGCGAUAUUUGGAAGGCACAAGGGAGGCACUACCACCAAAAAUCGAAUUUGUGAUAACACUGCAGAUUGAGGAGCCCAAGGUGAAAAUUGAUUUGCAAGUGACCAUGCCUCACAGCUACCCCUAUGUAGCACUGCAGCUGUUUGGACGAUCACCCGAGCUUGACAGACAACAGCAGCUACUUCUCAACAAAAGUCUCACAUCUUACAUAGGAACUUUUGAUCCAGGUGAGCUGUGUGUGUGUGCAGCAAUCCAGUGGUUGCAAGAUAAUAGCGCCUCCUAUUUCCUGAACAAAAAGCUAGUUUAUGAACCAUCCACACAAGCGAAACCAGUCAAGAAUACGUUUCUCCGAAUGUGGAUCUACAGUCACCAUAUAUAUCAGCAGGACUUAAGGAAAAAGAUCUUGGAUAUUGGGAAAAGGUUAGAUGUGACUGGAUUUUGCAUGACAGGAAAGCCUGGUAUAAUCUGUGUGGAGGGCUUCAAAGAUCACUGUGAGGAAUUCUGGCAUGCAAUUAGAUAUCCCAAUUGGAAACACAUAUCUUGUAAACAUGCUGAAAGUAUAGAAACGGAAGGAAAUGGGGAAGAUCUGCGCCUGUUCCAUUCUUUUGAAGAAUUACUCCUUGAAGCCCAUGGGGACUAUGGAUUGAGAAAUGACUAUCACAUGAAUCUGGGCCAGUUCUUGGAAUUUCUGAGAAAACACAAAAGUGAGCAUGUUUUCCAGAUAUUAUUUGGUAUUGAAAGCAAAAGCUCAGAUUCUUAGGAAGCUAUGAAGAUCCCUAUGUUUGUAACAUCAUUAAACUAGUAUUUCUGUUAAUAAGAGAAAAUUUAAUGGGCCAGUGUCUAUUUGAUGUACUGUAACAUAGGUCCAGAAUUUUUAACCUGGUAAUAAAAUACACAGGUCUUUUAACUUUGUUAACAGUGAAAUCGUGAUGUUAUCUCUAUGUUCUUAUGUUAAUUGGAAAUAAUUUUAUUCCAUUAAACCAGCAAAACUGAUUUGAUUAAAGGGGAGUACAAAGCCCACAGUUGCUGUCAAUAGCUGUGAACUCAAAUGCAAACAGCAUUUCUCCCAUUUUGUGAGCCUACAGAGAAUACUGUGUUUUCUUUGUUUCAUUAUUGGAGCUGUUCUAAGUCAAGUUUAAAAUGAGAACAAAGAGAACACAUGUUUGUUACACUUCUUAUUAUAAACCCCCUAAUUUUUUUUUUCUUUUACUAGAACCAAAUGCUGUCUGGUAGAGAACUCCAAAUAAUGAAGUGUAAUGAUAGAGAUGUAUACUGUUAUGUGUUCCUUGCUAUUUCCAUUAGAUGAGUCAUGAUACUGAGGCUGAUGUUACCUAAAUUCUUAGUACAAUUAUUAUCCACACACACACAAAAGGAUUCUUGCUCCAGGUAAUGCCCCUGGCAGCCUCUGCCUCUGUGCUAUACGCAUUCCUGUGUUGGACAGAAGUGUUGACAAAGGACUAAUGUGGCUAGCUCCUGACCAUCAGCUUACUUGGGAGAAAAAUAUCAAGCUGUACAUUUCAUCUCCUGUGAAAAUUCCAAGUUCCACAGGUUUCACCAGCCAUUUUCAAGAUGACACUUUAUUUUAAUGGUUAUAAGUCCUGGUAGGGGAGCUCUACGAAAGUGUUCAGGACAAUGUAUCCUCUCCCUAAGGAUUUCUGAGGUCCCCCGUGUGUUAUGAGGGCUGCCACUGCCUAGGACUCCUUGAUUUUCUCUCCUCUCUCUUACUGCCCUUUCAUUUCUCCGCUGGUACCCAGGCACCCUACUGACACUAUGGUCCCCCAAGGAUGCCAAAGGUGGAUCUGAGAUUUAGAAACGGGAAUGUCUCACUCCCUACUUUGUGGAUCUGCUAAGUGCCAAAUACUGCUGCAUGUGCCAGGUGAUCUACAGAAUCUUUAAUGUAAUAGUCCAUUCUGGUCUUACUCUCUUUUCCGGUCUUACUUUCUAGAACACAGCCAUGUAUAUGUCUGGGUGAGGGGAAGCCCUAGACCCCUAAGGAGACACUCCUGAUCGUGAGGACUUGCAGCUGUAUCCACUCAGUGACACCUGUGCCUUGAGCUCAAAAGGCAGCUCCUUUUAGCACACAAUUCAGACCGUCACUGUGGCUGCCAUUUCUGAGUUAGUCCUGUCCCUCAGAAUAGCUUGGACUCAAGCUGGGGCCUCACACUCUACGUGUACACAAGUGGAGGAGUUAGUAUUUGCAUUACCAGAGACUCAUAUCCCAGUCUAUAAGAGGAUCAAAACAUAACAUAGGAUUCAGUUUCCCAUAUAACCUCCUCAGUAAGUAUCAGUAAGUAAAAUUAGCAUUUAUUGGUUUUUAGGUCCCAAACAGAUGACACUCCAUGAGCUUUUUCUCUUUGAACUAAGACAACAUAUGCCAUCUACCUAAUAAGUACAAAAGCCAUUGAGAUCUUGCUGUGAUUAAAUCGACAAAUAUAUCUUCAGAAAGUCACUUAAGAGAACUAAAAUAUAGACUUAAAAUAAAUGUUUUUCAUAAAUCAAUAGCUGAAAUCAUUUAUUUUGAACUCUUUACUGUAAUGGAGUUCGGUAAAAACUAGUUUUACACAUUCUAUAGGCGCAUGAAAGAAUACAUUUCUUCCUCUCAGGAGCAGUAAUAGUAUUCAUUAGUUAGGGCAGAACUAUAGGUUUCAGAAGAAAAACUUAGGAACUCUGGCCAGGGAUAUAACUGUAUGUGGUAGAGUAAAUGCCUUGCAUAUAUGAAGCCCUUGCAAUUCUUCACACCACCACUAUAUGUAAAGUAUAGCACUGUAGCACUGUUCUCCCAUCGUUGAUGGAUUUGCCUGAGCGGACACCAGUAACGUCUCCAUUGUGAGACUUGUUACUGUUUUUUGGCAUAUCGAAUAUGCCACGGGUAGCUUGCCAGGCUCUGCCGUGUGGCUGGGAUAGUCUAGGUAGCUUGCUGGGCUCUCCGAGAGGGACAGAGGAAUUGAACCUGGGUCAGCCGCGUGCAAGGCAAACACCCUACCCACUGUGCUAUCACAUAUAUUUAUGUAUAUAUAUUUAUGUAUAUAUACUUAUGUGAUCAUUCAAAACUCAGUCUUUUUUGUAUCAUAGACUGCUGGCCUUGUUUGCCCAGCCUGAUGGGAGUGCAUACUACCCUUCUAUCUACUUUCUCCCACUUACCUCUCCCUAUCAUAAUGCCCUUCAAUUCUGAGUGAGUUUCUUUGUGAGUUUGGGAUUUCGGAGUAAAAGUGAUUGGGAUCAAAUCAUCCUCUAGCAUCCUUCUGGAAAAGUGGUUUUUGACCUCUUUCUGCUUAAAUCCAUAGUGCCCCCUUCGUUUUUGGCACACUGAAUGCUCAAUUGCUUGAUACCUCCUUUGAAUUAUCCAAAAGCUGACCUUUUUCUUGAAUUGUUUAUUGCUUGUAACUUGAGAACAAUGACACUGUACAUACCAUAUAUUUUUAAUAGUCAUUUGGAAAAUAACUGUUUCUGUGGACAAAACUAUUCUAAUUGAUCUUGCUUCUUAUUAUCAUAACCAUUUUCAUCUUUUCUGCAAUUAAUUGCUGCAAAGUGCUGUUACUAUUCAGCUUUCAUGAAGCCAAGAAUUCUGAUGACUCUUGAAAUGAGAACACCAUUUUAGCCAAAGCAUCUCCCACAGAUCUUCCCAGCUUACAGUGAAGAGUCCUGAAAACACUUUCGGGAAUGCUACUGCAUUGGCCUCACCAAUAUAUUUCUCAAAGCUUUAGUGAAAGGAAUGUCACAGUUAGGUCCUCUUGAGAAGUUUGAGGGAUUGUAAGGAUUUGGAGGGUCUGUCAGAUCAGACUGUUAUAACAAUGCCACUCUGAUACUCUUAUUUCUGUAAAUUUUUUAUUCCUUUAUAUUAUUUCAAGGGAUGUUCACCUUUUCAAUUUCAUGUAAUGUGGGCCCAUAAGUCUUCAUUUCAGUCAAAUAACUGAACCAACAAGAGAACCAGCCACUUUCAGUUGCUCAAGACGCAUACUGAAUCCAAAAACCUCUGCCUGGUGUACCCCUAUCAAGUCAGUUCUGCCCAAACCUCAAUAUUUCUCCUACCUCAGUUUAUUUAGAGAAUUGCAUAGGUUUUCCCACACAUUUUCCAAUAAAAACAACCUGGAAUUCUUUUGUUGGGAAUCUUCUGGGACUGACUUUUUAAAUGUGUUCACUAGCAUUCUCUCACCAUGCUAAAAUCUGCUCUAUGUGUACUGAUAAUAAGUUAUGUGGAUGAAAAAGGAGAUAAAGUGAGGUUUUUACAGGAUCUUUAAGCAAGGCAUUAGUAACCCUCUUUAAAUGGGAAAUGUUCCUGCUUGAUUAGGAAAGCAGAAUGUGUACAGUAUAACCAUUUAGCUAGGGUUGAGGGAUUUCCUGGGGUAUGAUUCCUUAUGUACUCAAAACUAUGCUAGAGUUAGGGUUGCUUAAGUCAUACAAAUCUGCACACCAACAUCUCAUCCCAAAUCAAGAUCCCAUAACUGUCUCCUAGUUGAUACUUUCUCUUAGCCUUUACAUAAAGGCCUUACUUAUGAGGAUUUUGAUGCAACUCCUUAAUAUAAUUCGACAACCAGCAAAUUUAGUAUGACCUUAGUUUUUAACUAUUUCAAACUUUUAGCGUGCAAGAAAAAAAUUUUAAGCAAAAACAUAAGCAUUUCCCAGUUUUAAAACCAUACUUUGUGCUGAAAAUUCAAGCAUUUAACCUAAAUUCUCUAUUAGUAUAGCAAGUGACAACCCUAUCAAGCAGUCCUGAAAUCCUUUACCUAUCAUAGUUUUAUAGCAGCAGACUUAAAUUUUUUCUUAAGGCUUUAUAAGCUAAAAGGUUACCAUCAGUAGGUAAUGCAUUCCAUCUGUUUUCUUAUUUUGUAAUCAUGUUUCAGAGGUCCCAAAGAUAUUUUGCUACAUUAAUUUUUAUGAACUUUAUAUUUUUACUAUUCAAAUCUGGUUCACCUUUUUACAUAGUGGAAGGUAAAUUUAUUACAUUUUUCUCUAUGUGGUAAUUAAUCCAGUUUUCCCAAUACUUUUACUAAACACUAUUCUUUAUCUAGUGAUUUUUGAAACCCAUGUAUUUGGAUGGCUGAGGAUCUGUGAAUUUCUAUGUUAUUGCAUUGUUCAAUGUUAUGAGAAUAUGUGGAUUUGGGAAAGCUAUAUAUAAAGUAACAGGCAGUACCUUGUUAAUAAUUUCAUAUGGGUUACAUGUUGAGAUUAACAUUUCAGGUAUUGUUUUAAAUAAAAUAUACUAUUAACAUGACUUCCUCUUAUUCUUUUU